AACUGUUCUGACAAAUCUGCUAUUCAUGUUUCCUCCCAGCAUACCCUGCCUGCAGAGGAAAACAUCUCGGCCCACAUCUGCCUAUUUAAAGAUUUGACUGAUACAGUCAUGGACCAGUCUAUAGCAAUUCAGGACUCUUUGGACACAGGAGAAAAUUGCUCUGUAGCUGUACAAGGAAUCCUAAAUACCCCAGAUAGCAAGGAAAGUAGACUGGUGGGACUGGUGGAGUGCAAGGAGACAGCAGCGAUCUUCUUAUAUAAGCACAGAAGAAUGGCUUUAAGCGCAGAGGAUGUGUCCCUGGAUAUAGUUAUCCCAUUAGUAGAAGGAACCAUGAUUGGAGAAGUAACACCUUGUGACCGUUUUCGAAUUAUUGGUUCUGACAUCACAGUGAUGAUAACAUCUCCAGAUACGGAGCUGGUGGUGCAGCUACCAUUUGGUUCUCACACACAAGAAUUUCUGCAAAGAGUCAAUCUUUUACUUGAAGCAAGACUUCCUGGGCUUACUUCUCCUCAGUUUUUGUGGCUGCGAAAGUACUGGCAGAGAAGCCUUCCAAAUCUUAACAGUUUCUUCAAUUUACCUCAGACAGAAGAUUAUGAACACAACCACCCUCCCUUAAGGCACAGCAAAUCAAAUGCAGAGCCCAGUGCAGAUCACAUCCAGCAGAAUGGACAGUGGCUGAAGCCUGCACAGAGAUCAGACCCAUCACGAUCACCAAAAGCUUCUCACAGACAUAAGACAAAAUCGGACAUUACUGGCAUGGUGCGGUCAGCAGAUGUAAUCUCUGUUAACAAGGCAGAAAUGCUGCCUAUCUCCAAAUUUGGAUUACGGGAUAAUUUAAUUAAGUCAGAGCUCCUGAUAAAAGAACCUACAUACACCUACAUACAAGAUUUCCGGUUUUUUGUAGGAACAUACAAUGUGAAUGGACAGUCACCAAAGGAAAGUUUGCAACCAUGGCUAAGUACAGAUGUUGAACCACCAGAUGUAUACUGUAUUGGGUUUCAAGAACUUGACCUAAGCAAGGAAGCAUUUUUUUUCAAUGACACUCCCAAGGAAGAAGAAUGGUUCAAAGCAGUAUCCGAAGCAUUACACCCAAGAGCCAAAUAUGCAAAGGUAAAGCUAAUAAGACUUGUUGGAAUUAUGCUGCUGUUCUACAUUAAGAAGGAGUUAGCUGUUCACAUCUCAGAGGUAGAAGCAGAAACUGUUGGCACAGGAAUCAUGGGUAGGAUGGGUAACAAGGGAGGUGUAGCCGUUCGGUUCCGGUUUCAUAACACUCACAUUUGUGUUAUAAAUUCCCACUUGGCUGCCCAUGUUGAUGAAUUUGAAAGGAGGAAUCAGGACUUCCGAGACAUCUGCUCCAGAAUGCAAUUUCCAGAGGUGGAUCGAACACUUCCUCCUCUGACCCUUCACAAACAUGAUGUUGUGUUAUGGCUUGGAGAUCUAAACUACAGGUUAAAGGACAUAGAUGUUGAGAAAGUGAAGAAACUUAUUGGAAUUAAGGACUAUAAAUCCAUCUAUGAGUUUGAUCAGCUGAAGCAGCAGAGGGAGGAAAAAGCAGUCUUUGAUGGUUUCACGGAAGGAGAGAUAAACUUUCAGCCAACGUACAAAUAUGAUACUGGUUCUGAUGAGUGGGAUACAAGUGAAAAGUGCCGUGCACCUGCCUGGUGUGACCGCAUACUCUGGAAAGGCAAACAUGUAAAGCAGAUGGAUUAUCAAAGUGUUAUGAGCUUAAAAACAAGUGACCAUAAACCAGUCAGCUCUGUUUUUAAUAUUGGGGUGAAAGUGGUCAAUGAAGAGCUGUAUAAAAAAACAUUCGAGGAAAUUGUCCGUUCUUUGGAUAAAAUGGAGAAUGACUGCAUUCCUUCAGCUACACUGUCUCAGAGAGAGUUUCACUUUAGGGAUGUGAAGUACAUGCAGCUACAGGUUCAGACAUUCACCAUUCAUAAUGAUGGACAAGUGGCAUGUCAGUAUGAGUUCAUAAGUAAGUUGGAUGAGCCCUCCUACAGUAAACAGUGGCUCCGAGCUAAUCCAAGCAAAGGAUUCCUAACACCAGGAUCAGAAACGCAAAUAGAACUGGAGCUGUUUGUAAAUAACCAAUCAGCUGCUCCGCUCAAUUCCGGUGAAGAAAAAUUAGAAGAUAUUUUAAUCCUCCACUUGGAUAGAGGAAAGGACUUUUUUCUCUCUGUGACUGGAAACUAUCUGCAUAGCUGCUUUGGAUCCUCUAUUCAGAUGAUGUGCCAUAUUAGAGAGCCUAUCAGAGACAUGUCAGCGGAGACAAUCCAUCAAUUGGCACAAAUGCCUCUUCAAAUAAAGGAUGACUUUGUUGGUGCAGAAAAACCAUUGGAUAUUCCUAAAGAGCUGUGUAUGAUGGUUGACCAUUUGUAUCGGAACUCAUCUCAGCAGGAAGACCUGUUUCAACAGCCUGGAUUAAGACCAGAAUUUGAAGCCAUCAGAGACUGCUUAGACACAGGAUUUCCAGAAUCUAUUCCUGGAAGCAACCAUUCUGUUGUUGAAGCCUUAUUGCUCUACUUGGAGGGUCUUCCUGAGCCUGUGGUGUGUUAUCAUUUAUAUUACACCUGUCUGCAGUGUGCUGAAGAUUAUAGCAGCAGUAAAGAGGUUAUUUCCAGAUUACCACUGCACCACAAAAAUGUCUUCAACUACCUGAUAUCUUUCUUGCGAGAGCUGCUGAGCAACUCAUUACAGAACCAUCUAGAUAUUAACAUUUUAGCAAGUAUAUUUGGGAAUCUUUUACUCCGACCUCAUCCUGACCAACCCAAAGCCAGCAACUUAGAGAAGAGGAAAUGCCAGGAGUUUAUUCAACAUUUUCUCAUGCACAGCGAGGAUCCUUGAAUUGCCUAUCUUGUUUGGGCAUCAGCAGACAUUCAGAAGACGUGCCUAGGUUUCGUGCCAUUUCUGAUGGUUUACAUCUUGAUGCUUUUGAGACAUCUUUUUUACAGCUAUAAGUGUAAAAAACUACAUUUUUUAUAUAUAAAUGAUAAAAGAUUUAUUAAUCUUUUGACCUAAGCCACUGUGCCUUAAAUGUACUUUGUUACCCUUUUAAUGGCCUUUAAUGUGGUUGAAUCAUAUGUUCUACUGUCCCACAGCACCAUGAUUGUCCAAAAUUGUAACUCAACCAAAUACUUUUGACUGUAUAGAGAACCUGAUUAGUUUAGGCUGUAUUGUUGUCUGAGUACUCCCCAUUUCUACGUGUCAACAAACAGGGGCACAUACCGCUAUAAAAAGCUGUCAAAGGAGCUAACAUUUCCCCACUCUACUCAACUUUUAUACCGUGGUCUCUGUCCCUCUUCAAGAUUUAGCCUUCUUUCCUGGCAACAUGUUGUCACUGGAACCAGAAACAGGAUAACCUCCCCAACGGGACCACAGAGAACAUUAAAAACUGCCCGAGGUUCUAAGCUUUCCCUUUAAAUCCAAAAAUGAAGAAAGUUUUUUUUUUUUUUCCUGAAGAUGAACUUUCAAUUCUUUCCUAUCCUGGAAAUGUAAUCACACAUAGGCCAAUUUCUCAUUGUUAUUUAUGCUGGAUGUAACUGACUGAAUGCUGUCCAGGGCAUAGAUAAUAUAUUUUUGUCUCGAUCAUUGUUACUGUAAAAUGUUAUGUAUAAAGUCAGCUAUUGUAUUUUUUUUUUAUAUUUUUAAGGAAUUUUAAACUGCUUUGUUUCAAUUUAAAAUAAUGUGCAUAUAUUUUCUACUUUGUACUUAUAUGAGAUAUGAGUUUUUUUUAAACUAAUAUUUAAUGUUUUGUAUUAAUGCAAAUGGAUAAAUAUAUUUUAAAUACAUUUGGGGUUAGCUGUAGACACUAAUAAAAAACACCAAAACCUUU